AGUAAAAGGAGUGGGAACAUGUCAGGCUGGGCACUAUGACCGCCCGCUUGGAGCCCGUGGAAUGUGCUGUGCUCAGCCACACGUCCACCCAGAGCCCCUCUCAUCCACUACCUGGACGUCACACACUUUGUGACUGUUCUUGCUGACUACACACGUGGAAGUGUGUUGGCAUAUUCUGGCUUUAGCAGUCAAGACAUAGAGCAGCUAGAGGAAAUCUCUCCAGAACUGCUUGACACACCAUAGCGCUCCAGUGGAAGGCCUUGCGGAGCCAGUGCGGAGGAAUUAUCUGCUGUCAGGUCCUGCGCCGGGCUGAUAGGGAAACGCAGCGCACCGAGGGCCACUGCAAGGUGAGAGGGACGGCUGCAGGGGGAAGGGAACGAAAAGUCAGGGACCGAUGAUGCCGUCUUCCACCAUGCAAAUGUUUGCAUUCAUUCUGGCGGUACUGGGAGUCGUGAGUGCCACGGUGGCCACACUGCUACCCAACUGGAAGGUGAGUGCAGAUGUGGGCUCCAACAUCAUGACUGCCAUCUCGCAGAUGCAGGGACUGUGGAUGGACUGCACCUGGUACAGCACUGGAGUCUUCAGCUGCUCGCUUAAGUACUCGGUGCUGGCGUUGCCGGCUUAUCUCCAGACUGCACGCACCACUAUGGUGCUUUCCUGCAUGAUGGCGACAAUGGGACUCUGUCUGGCCGCCCUAGGGCUGAAAUGUACUCGCUGGGGUGGCAGUUAUCGCUCGAAGGGACAUACGGCGAUUUCUGCAGGGGCUUGCUUCGUCAUAGCCGGGGUCCUGUGUCUGGUGCCUGCAUCCUGGUUCACCAAUGAUGUCAUCACUACGUUUAUGGACUCCAAAGUGCCUAAAAGCAGCAAGUACGAGCCAGGAGCAGCGGUGUACGUGGCAUUUGUGUCGGCAGGAUUCCUUUUAGCCGCAGGCGUAAUCUUUUGCUUAUCGUGUCCUGGAAGAAGAGGCGGUCCAUUGGAUUCGGGCUCGUCCCACCCCGACAAGCCAAAGCAGCAGAAGCUGCGCCAGGAGCAGCCGACCCGCGACCAACAAAAACAGCAGCUCUGCGAACAGCAGAGCCAGACUGAACCGCCGGAACAAGAGCAGUCGCAUCGAGAUAAACUGCAACAGGAAAAGCUACAAGCGGACGAUCGUCGGCAAGAGAAGUCGGUGCCGGACAGGUUGAACCUGGAGAAUGACAAGCAGUACCACUCUCCAUCCCGAGCCCGAAAUCAAGAUGCCAAGGCCGUCUAUAGUCUGCACGACUACGUGUAAACAACAGUCAUCGAGCAUUUAGGGUUUAUUUGCUUAUAAGACUGCCUUUCUUUGUGAGCGGGAUAAAGAGGAGGGGAAAAGCAGUGGAGCAGCAGGAGGAAUAAUGACUUUGAUGCCGUUAUCAACCCUUCUCAUCUGUGCUUUCGCUUACAGCAAGCGAAGCAUUGGAGGUAUUUCCAAAGCCCCGGAACAGACAAAGUAAGGAUUGUGAAUCCUCGGGUUCACGGUUUUUAUUGCAACUACAAGUACAAAGAGGGGCCAAAUGGUGGCGCAUCAUAAAACUGCAACAU